GGCUACAGCUGCCGGGGUUGUGAUUGAGAUAGUGAGGGGAGAGAAACAAGGGUAUAAAUACCAUGUCUGAUCGCCUCCCACCACACAUCACUACCUCGACAAUCCAACACGAUGCGACAAGAACUGAUGACUAUCUGUCUACUCAUAGUCGUAACUGUCGCCUGCGCGUGUACGACAGACACACACAUAGAUGAAGAUAAACAGUACUGCAAAUACAACACACGCCGAAAGUUAAAGGUGGGAGAGUCCAGAAUUUACUACAGGAGGUGUCUGGAGUGUUCCUGUACUACAGAUGGACUGAUCUGUUGUGGGUAUGGGAGUAACUCAGACGACCUUGAGCAAAGAGAGGGCUACGAGAUACGGAAACGUCGCAGGUGUAAAUAUGAAUAUGUUCCGAUAACACCACCGCCACAAUCAUUGGUGGGGUCGACACUUAUUACUCCCUCUGACGACAUUUUGACAGGCAAAUGAUGCGAUAAAAGUUCUACCCAAUGUUCCUUAGUUGUAAAAACAAUUUAAUUAAUAAAUAAAAAGUG